GUAAACGUUACAGAACUGGCAGUGUGCACGGGAAUUUUCUUCAAGAUGAGCUUCCUCUUGCCCAAGCUGACUAGCAAGAAAGAAGUGGACCAGGCCAUCAAAAGCACUGCAGAGAAGGUGUUGGUUCUCAGGUUUGGGAGGGAUGAGGACCCUGUCUGUCUGCAGCUGGAUGACAUACUCUCAAAGACCUCUGCUGACUUAAGUAAAAUGGCUGCUAUUUACCUGGUAGAUGUGGACCACACUCCGGUUUAUACGCAGUACUUUGACAUCAGUUAUAUUCCAUCUACUGUAUUUUUCUUCAAUGGACAGCACAUGAAAGUGGAUUAUGGGUCUCCAGAUCACACUAAAUUUGUAGGAAGCUUCAAAACCAAACAAGACUUCAUGGAUUUGAUUGAAGUCAUCUACCGGGGAGCAAUGAGGGGAAAACUUAUUGUUCAGAGUCCUAUUGAUCCCAAGAAUAUCCCCAAAUAUGACCUCCUCUAUCAAGACAUUUAGCACACUCGUGGCUGUUGGAGAUGAAAGAGACAUGGGUGGAAACAGGACCUGAACCCAGAGGGCCUGUGGUCUGGAGUCCCUCAGAGACAUGUUCACUGCCCCCGCAGAGGGUUUCAUGUGCCUGUAAUCAAUGGCCCUGCCAGUGCUCCCAAGAUCCAGGUGCCUGAGCGUCCAUUCCCUGAGAGCCUCAGAGCAGUCAGGUGACAGUGUUCCGUGGCCUUUGUAACUUCCCUUUAUCUGGAUUUAAGGUCAUGCAUCCUCCUUGACACUAUGAGAACAGCUUGAUUAACAUGUUUACGCACGCACACACACACACCCUUCCCCGUGCUUCCAUUCACUUGCUUCUUUUGCUCCCUCCUACCCCAGCUUCUCUUGAAAUAAUUAACUUUCUUUUAGGUGAGCUCUUUUGUUUUAGGGACUGAAAGCACUGCCCUGGUCUGUUCGUUUAUAGCUGGCAAGCUGUUAAAUUGACACGAGGAGGUCAAUGGUAUAGCCCUUCACCAUCCAGCAGCACAGUUUAAGCUAAACAAGUUUGCUUCCUUGAGAAGUAAGGAUCAGAGCUCCCCAGAAGGCAAUGCCAACACCCCUUAUUUCAAGGACUCACGAUCAAAGGUAUAUCAGAAUUGCCAAGAGGAAAUGCCUGUGGGAUUUGCUGGUUCCAGUGGCUUUUGAAGAAUAGCUAACCUUCCAGUAUCCCCCUGGCCCAACCUCAGAAUACUUGUGUCUCUCUUAAACCUCAUGGGGGCUGUGGUUCCUGACACACUGGAAUGAGAGAGUAGGUACAGAGCUGGAGGUCUAUGGUCAGGCAGCUUGUGCCCUGACGGGCAGCAAGAGACCGGUUGCCAUCAGAGACCCCAGACUUGUCACAGCAGCACUGACACCUCGGGGCCAGCUCUGUUUCGCUGCUUUCUUCUAAGCUUGUCCUUCAGGGAAACAUGAAAUGGGCCCCGGUUCUGACGAAUGUGGCACAGAAAGAAGGUUGUUGGGGCUUUCAGUGGCCUCCGCUUAAAGCUGAGUGCCACUUUGGGGAUGGGGAAAAUGUCCCUUCCCAUCCCCUCCUUCUUAUACAUACAUGGGGCUUUGGCAGCCACCCUAGGCCUAAGAGAUGAAAAGUUAGUGUGCAGAGAUCAUAGAAGUCAGACCUUAAUGUUAUUGAAGCCUAGGUGAACUCUAAACCCUCCUCAUCCCUACGAGCAAAUAAAACUUCUUUGUCCAA